AUGGCCACAGGAAGAGUCCUACUCUGCUCUCUGCUGCUCCUGUCGCUGCAGCCGGGCCUCGGCAGGGGCCCUGAACCCCCCGGACCCCGCACGACUCCCCCACUCCUCCCUGCUCAGACCCUGCUCACUGUCAGCUGCCCCUCGUCCCCUGCAGGUGCCCGCCUGCGCAGAGCCCUGGCCAGCCCGUGCCAGCUGUGGAGCCUGCCCCUACCUGUGGCCGAGCUGGGUCUGGGCUACGCUUCCGAGGAGACGGUCAUCUUCCGCUACUGUGCAGGCAGCUGCCCCCGCGGUGCCCGCACCCAGCACGGCCUGACGCUGGCCCGGCUGCGGGGCCAGGGCAGAGCCCACGGCGGGCCCUGCUGCCAGCCCACCCGCUACACCGACGUGGCCUUUCUCGAUGACCGCCACCGCUGGCAGCGGCUGCCCCAGCUCUCGGCGGCUGCCUGCAGCUGCGGCGGCUAAGGACGCCAGGCCUGGGGCCCUGCAGCCGCUUGAGGAGCCCUGCUGACCUAUUUAUCGGAGACUUGGAUGCCGAUGAGAUCAGAGGGGCGGUGGGCUGGGGGCCGCCUGCAAGGAGCAUAAUAAAGGAAACCGCUGCUGCACGACUGUGUUCAGCCAGGGUGUGCCCUGACCCUGCCACCGAGCUCCCUGUGCGUGGACAGGGAGGGUCCUGGGCUUCCCCUGCACCUCUCGGCGCCUGCAAGCAGCCAGCUCAAGGAAGGCCAGUCUGUCCGUUUUCCAACUUUAUUCACAAACGUGGUGUGUGUCUGGUGGGGGGGAGAACCUGAGGGAAGGGCCUGGCGUUCAGCAGGCUGGGGGGGGCUGCCCAGGCUCACCUGGUCCCAUCCUCUCAGGGAGGGAGCGGCAGAUCACAGAGAUGCGUCGGCCCCGGGGAACCCGACGCCCCCC